UGGUGCAAGUCCUCCUGGAUGUCCCAUUUGAGGGGUUUAAGCCAGCUGAAUUUACACCAGCACAGCCCCAGUUUAGCCAGGAGAACCCAACAUCUCCUGGAUCCGAAACUCCAUUUGCCUCAGUUGCCUAUAGUUUGGAUUGCUCUGUCCAGCUGUGACUGCCAUUUAGCACCCUUAGAUCUCAAAAAUCCUUAUAGCGGCUUAUGAGAGAGAAGGCAAAUAGUCCAUGGAAGCCUGAAUGCUGAGAACGGACAGCAGAAGAAGGAGGAAGAAACAACUCUUUGCUUUAAGGCCUAUGUUACCUUGACUGCUUUUAGAACAGGGUGUGCCAUUCUGGGUUAUUUUAAAAUUCCCACCCAGGGAAUGUGUCAGGUGGAACCGACAACUAUUUCCCUCAAAACGUAGAUAGUGGGGGCUGUUCUUUCUAUUUUUGGCCUGUCAACUGAGCAGCUGUGAGAUAAGGGGAGGCGAUGGCUAAAAUAUAAAAGGAUCCAGGGUGACCACUGUUCUGUCUCGUUGUGACACAAUGGCGAUUUUCCUGUUGGCGGUUCUCCUGGGUGUGGCAGCAGCUACACCGCUGAACGGCUAUGAUGACGACGAUAAGAUCAUCGCAGGGUACGAGUGUCCGGCUCACUCCCAGCCUUGGCAAGUCUUCUUAACCUACGGUGCCGGUUACCGGUGGUGUGGCGGUUCCCUCAUUAAUGACCGCUGGGUCAUCUCGGCUGCCCAUUGCUACAAAACCCCCCGAACUCUCAUGGCCCACCUUGGGGAGCAUGACACCAGCCAGGAGGAAGGUACUGAACAGCACAUCCAGGUGGAGAAAGCUAUCCGCUACCCUGGCUACGAUGCGCGCACCACGGACAACGAUUUCAUGUUGAUCAAACUCUCGCAGCCGGUCACUUUCAACGCCUUUGUCCAGCCCAUCGACAUUUCCCCAAGCUGCCCCAGCGCAGGAGAGGACUGCCUCGUCUCAGGCUGGGGGAACACUCGGACUACAGGAGUCGAAUACCCAGACAAACUGCAAUGCCUGAAGUUGCCGAUUCUGUCCUCCUCUGCCUGCCAGACUUCCUAUCCUGGCCGCAUCACUAAAAACAUGUUUUGCGCUGGCUACAUAGAGGGCGGCAAAGACUCUUGCCAGGGAGACUCUGGUGGGCCUCUGGUGUGUAAUGGAAAACUGACCGGCGUUGUGUCCUGGGGUGCUGGAUGUGCCCAGAAAAACAAACCUGGCGUGUACACAACAGUGUGCAACUACCACUCCUGGAUCCAAGAGGUGCUUGCCAACAACUGAGAUACUUGAGGAUUUUCUUCAAGGAAAAGGGGGUUCCUCAUCUAGGGAAAAGGCCACAUCUGAUUAUCUUCCCUGCAGCAAAACAAACCACCUGCGUAAAAGUGUGAAAGCUGGUGCCCAAAAAAACCUGUGGCGCCCAAUAUUGGGAAUUGUAGUUUUGUGAGUACGCUAAGAAUCUCUAAAGUGUGCCUUCUUUGGAGCUGUAGUUCUUAGGGAAAUCACAGAACUAAAGUUCCCAAGAUUUAAAGCUGGGAGAAGUCUUUAACAGGUAGAAAUCUGGAAUGGACUUGGUGGGAAGAUCAGAAAGCAUGAAAGACUCGGAGGAGUUUGCACUACAUUGCUGUGUUUAAAAAUAAAACUUAGUAUGGGCACCCUA